UGGUAAAACGUAGGUUCCAAAACCCGAACUCAUAGGAGUGAAUCGAGUGAUGCUCUCUUGGCCUCCACCUGCUAUCCAUUCCCAAGCUCUCUGAUGCUCUAAAAACUGCCAAAAACCCUCAAAAUUUUCUCUCAUUUUCUCUCUAAUGGAAGGUACCCUUUUCCCAAACAGGCCUUCAUUCCCAAUUCCAAGGACAAAAUCAACUCAACCCAACCACCCCCAUGUGAAAUUCAACCCUGCAACUCUUCCUCUCCCUCCCCAAUCCCCAUCUCCUCCUUCUCUGCCAUUGGACUCUCUCCUUCAGCAUCUGCUUCACUUCUCUUCACCUACCCACAAGCCCAAACCCAUCAACCCACCUAAAACCAAUUUGAAGAAAUUCAGUGCUGUUUCAGUGUCACAGUUGGAGGGCAGUGUAGAGGAGGCUCAAUCACCAGAUGGGUCUGUAGAAUUCUUGUCAAGGAAGGGUAAGUUUCUGCUGAAUUCCAUUGUGGAACACCCUUUACCUGGUUUGAAUGAUUUCUUUGAUUCUGUGAAGUUUGAGUUGCUUGAUGUUGAUUUGGUUAGUCUCUUGAAGGGGUUAGAUCUUUCGGGCAAUUGGAAAAGAGCUGUUUUGUUGUUUAAAUGGGCUAUUUUGAAUUUAUACUCUAGAAAUGAGAAGAUAGAUAAUCAGCUUGUUGAACUGAUGGUUAGGAUUCUUGGGAGGGAGUCUCAGCAUUCGGUUGCAUUGAGGCUGCUUGAUGAAAUUUCUGUUGAGGAAUAUUCACUGGAUGUCCGAGCCUGGACUACCAUUCUUCAUGCAUAUUCUCGUAUUGGCAAGUAUGAGAGAGCGAUUACUAUGUUUGAGAAAAUGAGGAAGACGGGCCUAUCUCCAACUCUGGUCACCUAUAAUGUCAUGCUUGAUGUUUAUGGGAAGAUGGGUAGGUCUUGGAAUAAAAUUUUAGGCCUCUUGGAUGAGAUGAGAAGCAAUGGACUUGAGUUUGAUGAGUUCACUUGCAGCACUGUGAUAUCUGCUUGUGGGAGAGAGGGGCUGUUGGAUGAAGCCAGGAAGUUCUUUGCCAGAUUGAAGUCAGAGGGUUAUGUUGCGGGAACUUUUACUUACAAUUCUUUGUUGCAGGUGUUUGGGAAGGCCGGGAUUUACUCAGAGGCUUUGAGUAUUUUGAAAGAGAUGGAGAAAAAUAACUGCCCACCUGACUUGGUGACUUACAAUGAGCUUGUGGCAGCUUAUGUAAGAGCAGGAUUCCAUGAGGAAGGAGCUGACUUCAUAGAUACAAUGAUCCGUAAGGGAAUAAUGCCAAAUGCCAUCACAUAUACUACUGUCAUAAAUGCCUAUGGCAAAGCUGGAAAGGAGGACAAGGCCUUGAGUUUCUUCAGGCAGAUGAAGGAAUCGGGUUGUGUUCCUAAUGUGUGUACAUAUAAUGCCAUCCUUGGUAUGUUGGGGAAGAAGUCACGGUUAGAAGAGAUGAUAGAUAUGCUUUGUGAUAUGAGAUCAAAUGGAUGUGCCCCUAACUCAGUUACCUGGAAUACAAUGCUUGCCAUGUGUGGAAAUAAGGGUAUGCACAAGUAUGUGAACCGGGUAUUCCGUGAGAUGAAGAGUUGUGGUUUUGAGCCUAACAGAGACACAUUUAAUGCUUUGAUUGGUGCAUAUGGCCGAUGUGGGUCCCAAAUUGAUGUCGUCAAAAUGUAUGAGGAAAUGAUUAAAGCUGGGUUUACUCCAUGUGUUACAACUUACAAUGCACUUCUGAAUGCACUUGCUCGGCGAGGGGAUUGGGAAGCAGCAGAGUCUGUGAUUCUAGACAUGAAGAGCAAGGGAUUUAAGCCUAAUGAAACCUCAUACUCAUUGAUGCUCAAUUGUUAUGCAAAGGGAGGGAACGGGAGGGGAAUAGAGAAGAUUGAGGAAGAAAUUUAUAAUGGACAUAUUUUUCCCAGCUGGAUACUUUUGAGAACCCUAGUUCUUGCAAACUUCAAGCGUAGAGCACUGAUGGGCAUGGAGAGAGCAUUUCAAGAAUUUUGCAAGCAUGGAUACAAACCUGAUUUGGUUUUGUUUAACUCAAUGCUUUCGAUUUUUGCCAAGAACAAGAUGUAUGAUCGUGCCCAUGAGAUGCUGCGGUUGAUACGUGAGAGUGGAUUGCAGCCUGAUCUAGUCACAUACAAUAGCUUGAUGGACAUGUAUGCCAGAGGGGGAGAGUGUUGGAAAGGAGAAGAAAUCCUCAAAGGGAUACAAAAAUCUGGCGGAAAACCGGACCUUGUUUCUUAUAACACUGUAAUCAAAGGAUUUUGUAGGCAAGGGCUCAUGCAGGAGGCAAUAAGAACUCUCUCAGAGAUGACAAUUAGUGGGAUCCGACCUUGUAUAGUCACUUACAAUACUUUUGUAGCAGGCUAUUCAGGGAAAGGAAUGUUUAGUGAAGUUGAAGAGGUGAUCAGUUAUAUGAUUCAGCAUGAUUGCAGACCCAAUGAGCUAACCUAUAAGAUUGUGGUGGAUGGUUAUUGUAAAGGCAAAAAAUACAAAGAAGCUAUGGAUUUUGUGUCAAAUAUUACAGAGAUGGAUAAGUCCUUCGAUGAUCAAUCAUUGCGAAGGCUCACUUUCCGUAUUAGGGAGCAUAUGGAAUUAUGAUUUUGUAAAUUAUCUCUUUUGGAUAUUCAUCGUUAGUUGCUUGGGCUUUUUGGGCACAUAUCACUGUCAAAAAAUUGUUUUAGCACUCACUGAUUCAUUUGUAAUUUUCUCAGGUGAGUCUCCAAUUCCUAAAGAUAUUAUAUGAAUUUUGAUCACAAGAAAAGAUAUGGGCACACAUUUUAUUGA